AUGUUGACACCCAACCCGACAGACCCGAGCUUCGUAUUACCUUCUCUUCUGUGCACCGAGCACGAGCAGAUUGAUCGUAUGUACGAAGAGAUCAAGAAUCUAGCGACUUCCUUCUCCGCUACAGACAAAGAUGGAGUUGAUGAUGAUUCAGUGAGACCCGAGCUCAGCAACGAGCGCAACCUGAUCUGCCUCUCCAAUUUGCAAUCAAUCGCCGAAUGUAUUCACAUGCUCCGCAGUUUGGAACCAUCUCUCCACUACGGUCUAGGCAAACUGGUUGAUGAGGAGGAGAUGAGCAGCAAGGGAGAAACUGUUCAGGAGCCGGUGCUGCUGGGCGGAGAGGAAGAGCACGAGAUUGAAACAAAGUCUGAAUCGUCGACGGCCAGGAUUGAGGUCGAGGAAUUUGAUGCCUACCGUAACAGAUGGGAAUUGUUAUGGCGCCCUGCCAGAAAAUUUGAGGACAUGACUUUAUUGAGCCCGAUGGUCUUCACGCAUUGCACACCAGGACACAGCCCAUGGGCUGCUAUUGUCGGGACUUCUUUGCAGAUAUACUCGGUUAGAGUUGCGGAGCUACACCAGGUCGAGGGAGCAGACCUAAGUUGGCCCCUGGAGGUAUAUGGUGUAGUUGCCGCCCGAGACACGGUGGACAACAGCCGCAACCCAAUCUUCCUUCGUCCAAGAUAUAACUGUCAAAUGCUCACUCCACAUGAUCCUUUUUUGCACUUGAUGGGUCCAUCUCGUGCAAUUCUCUCUACGGACCCUGUUAUCAUCGAGAUACAACUGAAAGUAAAGGGCAGAGCUAAGUCUGAAGAUAGGAAGUUGAUCAGUAAAGUAUGUCACAUCAGCGGUGAAAGUUUUGGGACAUUUCUUGUGAGGGACGACCACUGUGCGAUAGAGUUGCGUUGUGAGCAAGUUAAGCAGUCCGUUCAGGCCACUGUCUCGCGUGCCCGCCUUGUUGAACGGGGUUCAUUGCCUUCUCAGUUUGGUGGCCUAGUUUUAUGUUGCUCACUUCCCGAUGGAGCUAUUGAAGAUGCUACAGACCAAUCUAAGCAAAUUGUGAUGCUUGAUUCCAAAGAUGGAACACUACCGAUGGGUAAACACCAAUGCUUUGAUAUGUCCAGGAGUGUUAUUGCUGUAGAGUUAGAAGGAAGACUAAAAGUUACCAUUGAAGCAUAUGCACCAUCUGGUACCAUCACCGGACAUGUUCUCUUCACACCUCAAAAGUGCAACAUAACCAAAGCUAUAUGUUAUCUUGGUUACUCUUCGGUGGAGAUUACUAUUGCUUGGUCCCUUCUCCCAUCUUCGAAGAAGAGCUCAUGUCAGACCCUUUGACAAGUUUUCCACCUUUUAUGUCUCUCGUUGUCGAAACAUUUGUUCACUAGGAGUGAGUGAUCAUGUGUACACUUGGGUUGGUACAUUUAGUAUUAUGUGUGGCAUGUUAAAUUGU